AUGUCUUUCCUCACCACCACCACCACCCGCGCCACUCUUGGCUCCCGUCUGGUCGCCCUCCGACCAGCUUACGCCGCUGCAUCGCCUUUCCACAGCUCCGCCGCCCGAUCAGCCCUGAAAGAGAGUGACCAGAACCGCGAUGAACUGGACAAGGAAUACGAGGCCCAGAAGCAGGAGCAGCUAAGAAGCACCAAGGAGGGCAAGGCCAAGUGGAAGCAGGAACUUGCAAGCAACUCUGAGGCUUCGGUCAAGGCCGACCGCGGUGAAAUCGACUCGAAUCAGGAAACCAUCGACAAGUUGCAGGAGGGCACGAAGAAUCUACCUAACCGAGAAGGACCCGUCAACAAGGCGCAUUGA